CACAGAUUGACAUUCAACGUGAAAGAUCAGACACCCUUGUCUAGAUCCUAGCCAUGAUGCUGUUCUUAGCGCUGCAUGUCGCAUGUCUGGCCCAUUUGGCGUCGUCUCAGCAGAUCCCACUCAAUGAGCAGCUAUCGUCGCACUCUGAGUCAACAGACCACGACAGCAAUGACGUUCCAAUUGCUGAUGCUGCCUUUGAGCAGUAUAUCCGGGACAAGAUGGCUCGAUGGCAUGCCCCCGGUCUUGCCAUGGCCAUACUCGACGGGAACAAGACGUGGACGAGGGGGUUCGGAUAUGCUUCCCUAGAGGGUGAACCUGUCACACCCUCAACUCUUUUCUACUGUGGUAGCAUGACAAAGUCCUUCACUGCUGCCGCCCUGUCACUCCUUGUAGACCAAUCCCAAGACUAUGCCGACAUCCAAUGGUCCACGCCCGUAUCUAACCUCCUCCGUGAAGACUUUGUUCUCUCGGAUGACUGGGCCACCAGCCACAUCACUGUCGCCGAUGUACUCUGCCAUAGAACUGGAUACCCGAGGCACGACUAUGCUGGUCCAUUCCUCAACUCGUCCGUAAACAUGGUGCACUCGUUCCGCCAUCUGCCAAUGGCUGGAGAGCCGCGCGCCCAGUGGAGGUACAGCAACUUGAUGUACGGAACCAUGGGUUACUUGAUUGAGACGCUCACGGGCACUUCUCUUGCUGACUUCUUCCGAGAUCGGCUGUGGCUUCCCAUGGGGAUGCGCAACACCUACUUACAUCCUGACGAUGCACUGGCCAGCGAGAGUACUCUGGCAGUUCCAUAUUACUGGAACAACGACACAGAGACAUAUGGCGAGAUCCCAUGGAGGGAUGAGCAGAACAUCGCUGGUGCGGGAAUGGCCAUCUCAUCCGUUCUCGAUUGGUCUCGAUAUCUGCGACACAUGAUCGACGAGACAGGCCCAAUCUCCAAAGCCGGUCAUCACACCCUCAAACUUCCACACAAGGUUGUCGAAGAACGCGAGCGGCUCUUCACGGGCCCCGUCUACUACGGCUUCGGUUGGUUUGGAAGUGUCUUCCAGGAUGAGCCAGUUUGGUGGCAUUCCGGUCUUGUCAACAGCAUGAUGUCCAUAAUGCUCAUGAUUCCGAGCAAGAAGUUUGGCUUCGUCAUCAUGCUCAACAGUGAAAACGCCCCUGCACUCGACUCCAUCAUCGCCAAGACUCUAUACGACUUUUUCCAUGUAGAGGAGGGAAAGCGGCAAAACCUGGAGGCAAACUGGAACCAGACAUAUGCAGAGUGGGAAGAGCGUCUUGGAAACUGCUCGAAUAGGUUGUACCCUUCUCUGCCAUCGCCUCCUAUUCGGGCCCCGCUGCCACCAGGGAGGUUUGCUGGUGAAUAUUAUCACCCAGGCUAUGGUCCAAUCUCCGUCUCCAUAAGUUGCGACAAA